UCUAUUUGAAGCUUGUUUAUUGGUAUUGUUUGUUUGUAUUACUACUUUCACAUGGGAAGUACCAUGGUUGUAAAUAUAGUUUAUAAGAACACGAAUUGUGUUUAAAAUUAUGUAAAGAAAAUUGUUAUAAUAGCCAAUUAAUGUCAGUUGCAACUGUACUCACGCCAUGGCUUUAGACUUCAAAUUCAAAGCUAAGGACCUAGUAGCAGAAGGAAGAGUAAAGCAAGAUGAUAUCGAUAAAAUAAAACAAUUCUUCGAUGAAGUAGAUGAAGAGUGUGUGCCAAAAUCCCUUCCAGAAGAAUUUAUUGCUACCAUUUUAAUAGCGUGCUCUGGUGAUGUAGCUUUAACUAAGAAAACUAUAGUUAGCUAUUUUAGUGUAAAAAAACUUGCACCUUGUAUAUUUGAUAACAGAGAUGUUGAUAAUGAUAAUAUUAAUCUUGCUCAACAAACCACAUGUUUUUCUUCAAUUCGAUGGCCUGAGGAAAAUACAGAAAUUAUAUACGUAAAACUUAGAGAUACAAAUUACAAAAACUGUGAAAUGGAGCCUCAACUUAAACUCAGUAUUAUGAUAAUGGACUUAGUCCAAACCACUAAUCCUCCAGAUAACGUAAUUCUAGUACAAGAUGUAACAGGGAUAGGUCUUAUGCAUUUGACGCGUCUGAAAUUUGAUUCCCUAAAAACUUUUUUCUCCUACAUACAAGAAGGACUACCAGUGAAGUUAAAAACAGUACACUACGUAAAUGCAGGAUACGUUUUAAAUAAAUUUGUCGCUAUUUUUAAGCUUUUUAUGAAACCGGAACUUGUGGAAAAGCUUCAGUUUCAUCAAGGCACAAGACGACUAGCAGAAUUUUUACCUAAAGCUUAUAUUCCAAGUGAUAUGGGUGGAGAUCUCUCUUCAAUGGAGGAUCAUCAUGUUGAUUUGAUGAAAAGACUGAGGGGAAUGAAGACUUAUUGGAACCAGGAGGAAAGCUUGAGAAAAAAAUGUUUUAGCUGUGAUGAAUAAAUAAUUUCUAGUGUAAUCUGACAUACAACCAUAUCUGAACUGUAUGCUUUGUUUCGC